GCACAAACUCUGUUACACAGUUGCACGUUGAGCUCCCUACCUGGAAAGCGGCAUGGCAGAACCGGCUAGUGGCUUAGGGACUCCUACUGGGUGGCUCCCAUCCCCGGAUCUGGGGUCCCUACGUAACACCACUCCGCAGCCUGACAAUUGGACACUGUGGCCGAUGUUCUCACCACCACCACCUCCUUCGUUUCCUCCCGCGGCUGGGUCAGAACCUUUCACCGUAGUACAACAUCCCAUGGAGAUGCAGUCUCUGUCCGGGGCGCCGCCUCCCUUCGACGCCCAGAUUCUUCCAGGGGCACAGCCUCCCUUUGACGCCCAGUCUCCCCUUGAGUCUCAGCCUCAACUCAGCGGCCGUCCUUACAAUUUGCCGGCUUCCACAUCAUGGUACUGGGGACAGCCGCCUGAUAGUUUUCUUCGACAUCAGAAGCCCCACAACCCUCCAGGUAAACAUUAUUUCCCACGAAAAUAUGAUCCUAACUUGGCUGACUUCAACUUCCCUCCCAGCAAAAAACAGAAAAAAAAGAAAAGAAAAGAACCUAUUUUUCACUUUUUUUGUGAUACUUGUGAUCGUGGUUUUAAAAAUCAAGAAAAAUAUGACCAACAUAUGUCUGAACAUACAAAAUGCCCCGAAGUAGAUUGUUCUUUUAGUGCACAUGAGAAGAUUGUCCAGUUCCACUGGAGAAAUAUGCAUGCUCCUGGUAUGAAGAAGAUCAAGUUAGAUACCCCAGAGGAGAUCGCGAGAUGGAGAGAAGAAAGGAGAAAAAACUACCCAACUUUGGCCAAUAUUGAAAGGAAGAAAAAGUUAAAACUUGAGAAGGAAAAGAGAGGAGAAGUAUUGACAACAACGCAGUAUGGCAAGAUGAAAGGAAUGUCCAGACAUUCACAAAUGGCAAAGAUCAGAAGUCCCGGCAAGCAUCACAAGUGGAAAAAUGAUGGUGCUGAGCAGAGCCCAGGCGGUCACCGCUGUGCUUCCACGAUGGGGAGUGCACCUGAGGCCAACGCAGACCCUCUCGGUGCUCUGAUGAACAGCGAGUCUGAGUCUGAUAAAGAGUCUCCUCCACCGCAACAGACAGUGAUACCUAAGGAAGUGACACCAGCCUUGUGCUCACUGAUGAGCAGCUAUGGCAGUCUUUCAGGGUCAGAGAGUGAGCCAGAAGAAACUCCCAUCAAGACUGAAGCAGACUUUCGGGCGGAAAACCAGGUCGUUCCAGCAGAGAACCAGAUAAAUAGCAUUGCUCCUAAGAGUCCAGGACAAGAUGUUAAAGCUACUGUUAGAAAUUUCUCAAAAGUCAAGUGUGAAAACCAACAAAAAGGUUUUAAAAAGACAAACCCAAAGAGGAAAAAAGAUUAUCCCAGCUAUCAAACAUUAUUUGAACCAAGAACACAUCAUCCAUAUCUCCUGGAAAUGCUUCUAGCUCCGGACAUUCGACAUGAAAGAAAUGUGAUUUUGCAAUGUGUUAGAUACAUCAUCAAAAAUGAUUUUUUUGGACUCAAUACAAAUUCUGCAAAAACUAAAGAUGUAUAAUUGCCAUCAAUUUCAGCACAUAAAUGAAAAAUUAUAAAAAUACCAUCCUCAAGUUAGUGAAAGAAAACCAAAAAUGAUUUUUUUCUCAAAACUGGAUUAGUAAUUAAACUGUAAGCCUCAUAAAGUAAUUAUGUUGAAUUUUCUAGUCUUUUCUUUGAUUCUAUGCAAAUAAAUGCAAGACUGAUUUUUUUAAAGACUAUGUAUUACUGGGAUUGUAUAUAUUAUUUGCUGGGAGAAUUUCUGUUUUUAUUUGUAUUCAUUUUUACACAUUAUUCUCAGGUAGGAAGUUUGUUGUACCAGUUGAGAAUUGAAAAUAUUGGUUUAGUAAUAAGACAGUUUUUAAAUGCUUAAUUCAGCUAAACAAAAUGAAACAGACAUACAUUGUGGUUUCAAUGCAGAAGAUCUCUUUAACUGUAGCAAAGAUAAUAAUUUAAAUGAACUGAAUCAAAUUAACAUAGCCAGAAUUCUUAAAAGUAAAAUUUUGUUUGUACUAGCUCUACUUGCAUAGUUCAAUUAUUGAAUGCUUGAAGUAUUAAUGUAUCCUCUGUGUAUGUUUAAAUAUGACUGGGGUGCUUUUUGAAAAUAUAGUUCAGAAUCAUAUCUUUGUUUUUCUGUGAAAAACUAAAGUAGUAUUCUUAAUGAGAUUCAACUCAUUUCUUAUAGCAAAAAGAGUAGUUUGUGAAAUAAUGUGAAUAAUUAUCUCUUUUAGGGUUUAGUUAAAAUUCAUCUUACAAGGUAGUAAUUGAACCCUGUAAAUUUUUUUAAAGUUAAUGAAAGUUGCUGAGAUUUUUUUUUUGUCUAUAAUACUAGGCAAGUUGAUCUUAUGUUGUAGUAUUUUGCUACCUAUAACUAUAGCUCUACCUUUUUGACAUAUAGCUAAAGGGAGCUAGGUUUUUAAAAGCCGGAUUAUUGGGCUUGGGAUUUAGCUCAGCAGCAUUAAGUGCCUGCCGUGUAAGUGCAUGGUUGUGCGUUCAAUCCCUGGUACCCAAAAAAAAAAAAAAAAAAAAAAAAAAAAAGUUAAAAACCAGAUUAUUGUUUUAGUUGAAAAAUUAGUUUUAUCAGACAUUGUAAUUACUGAAGUUCAUUCAUUUUGCCUGCAAGAAAAGGUAGGAGAGCUACAGUAGAUCUUGCUUUAUAUUGGUAUGGUUUUCUCUAGAAUCCUAGAGUGCCUGGCAUGUGGCACUAGGAAAGUCACAGAUUAAGAUUUGUGUGUAGUCAUUGUUUUCCAACCUUGUAAUCACCUUUAAUAACUUUUUUACUCUGUUUCAUUCUACUCCAGUAAGCCCCAAAUUUUGGAAAUCAUUUGCCCAGUACACUAAUUAAAACAGUUUAUCUAAUACUGUUGAGAGCUUACUUCUGUGCCUCUAUUGUACCUGCAUUAAAGGUAUAAAACUAUAAGGCCUUGCCUGAUUUCAAAGAACUCAGUUCAGUUUUCAUGUAUUCAUUAAAGUGAUACCCAAACCAAUACAUCUCAUCAGGAUGAAGUUAACUCAUGCUACUCUGAUGCAAUAUGAUGCAAUCUGCAGUUUUAUCACUAGUUAUGCAGGUCCCACAGGCUUAAAGUUUACAACUGCAUCCACAGAUUCCUGGACUACUUCAUGGCCCACCACAUCAGGAAUGGGCUUUAAGGUGCUUUAAUGUAUACUGUAUAAACAGCUUUAUUUCCAAUUAUCUCUUGUUUUCUAAUAAAUGUGUUUAAGACUGAAAA